AUGGCUAUAUUGAAUUGUUUUGUUUUGCAGGUUAAUCCUGAAUUGGUUGGGCGUCUUGAAAAGGGUGGCUUGUGCUUUACAGGAAAAGAUAUAACAGGUCGAAGAUUGAACCAUCCAUACUAUGUUGGGGUUCAGUUUCAUCCAGAGUUCAAGUCAAAACCAGGAAAGCCUACAGCAUUGUUCUCAGGGCUUAUAGCAGCCUCAUGUGGGGAGCUAGAGAGUUUGGUGCAGUUUGAUCAGACCAACAACAACAUUUGUAGUAAGAGAAUUCAUAAUAAUAAUAAUAAUGGUGAUCCCAUGAUAUACCAAAAUGGAAAUGGAAAUGGAAAUGGGAAACCAGUAGUACUAGAACUAGAUCCUGCUAUUUAG